AUGAAAAGGUUCAGGUACUUCUCCAACUCUCACAAUCUUGACACCCUAUUAUCACAAUCCAGACCAUCAUUUCAUGCUCCCAUUUUUCUUCCCAAAACCCUAGCCUCGCAUGGGCACUCUUCUGGUAAUUUCUUGAAUUCAAAUCAGUUUCACACGAAAUCUGCUUGCUAUUCAGUGAGUUCCUUGAUUUCCUCAAUCGGUUCUUCCGCAGUUUGUACUUCAGCAGCCCCAUCUUCUCAAAAGUUGCAAUCUUUACAUUUGUACACGAGUGGUGUUGAUAAGGGUCUGUUCGUGAAUCUUUACUUGCUUAAAGAUCAAUAUCAUGGACGCUUUCAGGCAUUUUCAACUGCGCCUUCGGAUGCGUUCAAGCCUCCCUCGCUACCAGGAGAUUCAGGUUCUGAUGAGAAUCAUGGGUUGGGGAAAGUGGUUAUUGAUGGGAUUGGACCGACUUCGAAGCAAGUUUUGGAAAUUGUUGGUAUGAUUAGAAGGGGUGAGAAUGAUUUGGCGUCCAAGUUGAAUUCGAUGAAUGUAAGUCUAUCUAUUGCCUCCAUUGCUCAGAUUUUUCAGGUGUUGAAUUCCAAAAAAGUAUCUGCUUUGUGUUUAUUUGAUUUGAUUAAGAAUUCACAGCCCAUUAGUUGUUAUGGAAAUGAUAUUUGUAGCUUGGUUAUUGAUAAUUGUGGGCGGUUAGAUGAUUACCAUGCAAUGCUUCACAUUAUGAAUGACUUUCGAUCGGAGGGAAUUUGUCUCACGCGGAAUGCAUUUGAGUUUAUAUCUGUUUCGUCGUCAAAGAAGGCUUCUGUUAUCAAAGUGGUAGAGGUAUUGAAUGAAGUUGGUGGAUCGUGUCGAUCCGUUGGUUUGCUCUCUUUGAUUGAGAUGCUCAGUGUCAAGGGUUCAUUUAAAAUGGCCGAGUUUGUGAUGAAAAUAACGGAGAGGAAGAGAUCUUAUUACAAUAUCAUGAUAAGAGAAAGUUGUCGGAGAAGAAAUUUUGGCAGAGCUAUUGAUAUGCUUGAUGAGAUGAGGCAAGUCGGUUGUGACCCAGAUUCCAAAACUUACAACUAUAUACUCGGUAGCUUAUAUAAGAACUACAAAUCUGCCGAAGCUACUAAACUGUUUGAACAAAUGUUAGAAAUGAAUUGUUCUCCUGAUGAAAUAACCUACGAAAUACUGAUUUGUUACUCAUGUAAAGUUGGAAAUUUUGAUUUUGCACACAAGUUACUUGAUAGUAUGGUAUUGAAGGGCAUUAAACCUCGACUUACAUCGCAUGCAGCCUUUGUCAAGGGUUAUUUUAACUUGCGGAGAUAUAAAGAAGCAUAUGAGCAUGUUGUUGAUUCAAGUGUUAAAUACAGUUGCUUUAGCAAUUCAGUUUACAGUUUGCUUGCAAGGCUUUAUAUGAAUGAAGGAAAUGUAGUCAUCGCCCAAAAUAUUCUGAUUGACAUGAUUAAUAAGGGUCUGAAACCGGAUUUUGCAGUGUAUACGAAAGUUUUGAAAGAGCUCUCCAAGACAGGCAGAACAGGCUUGGCUGAAGAUUUGAGUAGCAGGUUCUGUAGUCUAGCAUGA